AUGGCUCAGUUCCCAAGUAACAUGAGCGACUUGUCGUUGCCAGCCACGACGUGCACAGGGAUGCUACAAGAUAAUCCCAUGCUGAAGGAACCAUGCCGCAAAAAGAUCGAAGAGACUAUGGACGAGUAUCAACAAUGGAGACUCCAACGUGCUGCGAUUCCACAGCAAGCUCCACCAAUUUCAUACACGACGGCCUUUUUGCCGGAAACUCGGCCUACGCCAGCAACCACGCCUUACGCCAUGCCAUACUCAUACAACACCGCGCCACCGCCAGCGCUAGCACCAGCACCAGCCCAAGCACUAGCCCCGGACUCAGUCCCAGCCGCGGCGCCAUACAGAGCGACAUAUGACCCUCCUGAGGCACCAAGAGUCGCGGCACCAGGCCCUGUACCUCAAACCCACCAAUAUAUCCAAGCACGUACAGCUCCGCAUCGCACUCCAGAACAAUUCCACGCGGAACGGGCAUAUUUUGAAAGCGUUCGACAAUGGAAAAGGUCACUCGAAAACUUAAGCAAUGCUGAAAUCCAAUUGCGUACCGCAGAGGCCAAAAUGGCCGCACUCGGGGUAGUCCCAGAUGCACAAGCACUGAUGCACCAGAUGUCAUCCACAACAACAUGA